CCUAUAAUAAUGCAGUGCUUUUAAUUCAGUUUGAUAGUACAGGGACUAGCCAGAAAUUUGGAUAGUACAGGGACUAGCCAGAAAUUUUGCAACAGGGAAAAACGAACCCGUUGCGUUGCUAUUGCAAUUUCCACUCUAUAAAGGGUAAGAGCUCCGGUUGCCGCUUCCCCCCCCACCCCCCACCCCCACAACGAUCUCUCGCGAUAGUGCUCGUACAUAGUAAAGGAACUACGAUUGAGAGAGAGAGAGAGAGAGAGAGAGAGAGGGAGAGCGAAAAGAAUUGGUGACCGGCAGAUGGCGGUGAACAACCGGGCGAAGCGCGUCACCGACCCGCUCGACGCGAACGUCCGCGCCCGCCUCCGCGGGGAGGUGACCGCCUACGCCAGCAGCGGCAGCGACCACGACUCCGCUCCCUGCCUCUCCGGCCUCGUCCACGCCUUCCUCCUCCAAAACCCCCCCUCCUCCGAAGACGACGGCGGGGAUCUCGAGGAGCGGGAGCGGAAGGAGGAGGAGGAGGAGGAGGGAGUAGGACGGGGCGCGGCGGAUCGGGCGGCGGCGGCGGCGAUGAGGGAGCUGCUGGAUCCGCCGGCGGAGAGCGACCCGUUCCGGAUCCGGCUGGCGGCGCGCGGCGGCGGCGGAGGAGGCGUGGCUGCGGCGGGGGGGGGAGGGGGGGCGGCGGCGUUCCGGCGGGCGGCGAUGGCGCGGCUGCGGGCGGCGGGGUACGACGCGGGAUCUGCAAGGCGGCGCUGAGGGGCCCGGCGUCUCGGCGGGGAGCUACGAGUACAUCGACGUGGUGGUCGCGGCGUCGGCGGCGGAGAAGAAUGUUAAGGCAGCAGCAGGUACAUCGUGGACGCGGAGUGGCGCGGGGCUGGAGGUGGCGGGCGACGGAGGGGUACGGGAGGGUGGUGGGGGCGGUGCCGGCGUUGGUGGUGGCGAGGGCGGAGGCGGUGGGAGGGCUGUCAGGGUGGCGCGGCGGCGGCGCGGGCGGUCGCUGCGGCGCCCAGGGCCUCCACGUCCCCCCCUGGAGGAAGCCCGCUACUUGCUCGCCAAAGUGGCUCGGCCUACCGCAGGACCACCAACCCCUGGCCCCCCUCCUCCUCCUCCUCCUCCUCCUCCUCCGCCGCCGCCGCCGAGGUCAAGUGCCGCGCCGUAGGGUUUUUUCCGGCGGGUUCGGGCGGGUUUAGGCUCGCCCCCGUCGCUCGGACGAGGUAGAGGUUCUUUCCGCCUCUUUUUUUUUUCAAUUAAAAAAAAUGCAGUUAUAUAUAUGUUUUUUUUGUGCAAAAUAUAUAUAUGAGAUUGCGCGAAUGAUCGUCGUAUCGAUCUCUGUAAUGUUUUGAUUUAUUUAAUUUACAAACGUAUCUGCGCGAAGUGUUUAGGUA